UCUCCCUCCUUUCCUCUCUCACCCGCCCACCAGUUGGUUCCUGCUUACUGCUAUGUGGCGAUAAGAGCAGAGGACAAAACUAAAGAAAGAAGGCCUAAACAGCCCAUUUCUCUCGAGAUCUGCAUCUUCUAUCCAGCAGUUUUACUCUCUUGCGACUACCAUGUUCCACCUGGCUGCAGGGCGCGUGGGGAGCUUGGCGGCGAAGCGCGCGACAGCGGCUCUGAGCACCAGCAGCGCGAGGAUGAUGGCGAGCCACGGUCACGAGGUGUCAACCGCAGUGGACAUGUCUAAGCCGCAGUACACUGACAGUGCGGACUACCCUUUGCCUGACGUACCAUACAAACAAGUCCUGACUGAUGCUGACAAGAGCCUGAAACAGAAGGAGAAAGGACCCUGGAACCAGCUGAGCAAAGAGGAGAAGCUCGCCUUGUACCGGCUGAAGUUCUUGAAGACCUAUCCUGAAAUGAGGCACAGCACACCGGAGUGGAAGACCGCCCUAGGGGCUGCCUUAUUCUUAAUGGGCUUCACUGGCUUCAUAGUUUGGUGGCAGAAAGUGUACGUGUUCCCUAAACGUCCCAGGACCUUUGAGGGCGACUGGCCGGAAAAGCAGCUAAAGAGGAUGUUGGACAUGAGGAUCAACCCUGUCCAGGGCAUCUCAUCCAAGUGGGACUACGAGAAGGGCCAGUGGAAGUAGAGAGAGCGCGGCAGAUGUGGCACGGAGUUUGGACCUGACACCUCGGGGAUACACCACUGUGAAGCUGCUGCUGAAGCUGCUCAGACUCAGCUUGAAUGUUGCACUUACAGCUGAAAACCACUAGAAAGAUGAAGCUUACCCACUGACAUCUCUGAGGUCAUUUUACUCUGCGUCACCUGUGGCUCUCAAUCAGUAACCUCCUCUCCAACCACCGCAGCCUUCUGCUGCCAUAUGGUCAUAACUGUGUCCGUCCUGUUGUAACCAUGAAAUAAUAAAGUUUUGCUUUUGUCUCCGUCCAACA